AACAUUAGAUGGAAACGAUGGUGUGCGUCCAUGCCGCCCUGGGUCGAGCAUGGCAUCAGCUCCGAGGACCUCAUCGCGAAGUGCAGGGAAAUCUACACCGAGAUGCAUACUUUCGAGUCGAGGGCGGAGGUUCAUAGCUCGAAAGCGGAGCAGACAUCGGGGUGGAACGGGGUGUCGAUGAAGAGUCUUUUUAGCGUCAGCCUUUGACAAACGCGCGACCUUGCUCGCUGUUGAGCAGCGUGUCGCUCAGAUGAGCCAUGGCUUAGCAACGCUGCGCUACGACCCAGCCUACCUAUCUAGGACCGUAGCGAAUAAAAUAUUCAUGACCUCACGGU